AUGUGGAAGUCCGCAUUAUGGUUGGCAUUGGCAACCGCUGCCACUACUUCAGCCCUGCCUUCGGAGGACCAUGGCGAAUCUUGUCCCAUCAAUCAUGACCCGUCACCCAAUUGGCAUGAGGGGCCCUUCAAGGAAAUCGUUCGUUUGGUUGAAGGAUGCCCCGGCGGACGCCCUUUCUGUCGCGAACUCAUUCACCAGUCUGAUGUUACUACCAAAACCAAGAUGGUGACUCCAGCGCCAACUACCGUCAAGAUCACUCAAACUAUCACCGAUCAUUCUCGUGAAGUGACAAAGACGACCACUCAGGGGAUCACCUCGACAAUUGCCCGGUCUCCGAUAACCACCACUCUUUUUGCGACAUCAACUUUCACUGAGACUGUGCCUUUGACGAUCACAGACCUAUCCACUUCUACAAGUGUGGAUGUAUCCACCGUCUUCCUGACUCAACCUGACUAUGAAACAGUCACCAGAUCGGUUACUAGCUUCAUCACGAACACAGUCACUCAGGUAAUCACUGAUGACACGACUGCCACUCUCACCCAGUAUUUCACGGACACUACCACCGAGACUUUCUCAAAUACGAUCACCGACUAUGAGACAGUCUACGUUACAUCAUACAUCACGGACUUUGCGACCAACUAUGUCACCAAUCUUUACACGGAAAUCGCAACUGACACCAUCACAAACUACCAUACCGAGACAACUACCAUUUCCUUCACUAAUACCGCCACUGCAACGGCGACGAACACUGUUCCAUCUACAACCACUCAGGAAGUGGAUGUGACUACGACUGAUACACAGUCUCUGACUCUUAUUAACACCGAUUUCAUUACCUCGACCAACACGCUCUCUGCCACGGAGACCGACUACAUCACUGCCACAAUCACUUCCGUCAGGACUGAUGGCGUUACUGUCACUACAACCGCAGUAACAACUGUUGCACCUGCCAAGCGGGACGAGAUCAACGCACGUGCUGCACUACCCACUCCUUUCGCCUUGAAGAACAUUGACGACAGUCACCUGUCAAGCGCAUGCUCUAUCCUGUGGGAUGAGAAGUGGCUGUCAACGGCGUAUACCACGACGACAGUCGCAAAGCCUACAGUCACUAAGACUAUCACCAUUCACACCGACGCGCCUGGAACCCAUACCAUCUACAUCACAAAGUAUACAACCGAUUUUGUGACCAACACACCCAGUCUCUUGACUACGGUCGUGACCAACACCGUCACCACCGAUGUCACGAGUACAGUAACCAUUGAUGAGACAGCAACCGUCACAUCCUCGUCUACUACGACUGCCACCGAUACUUUCACAGUGACAGUCACAUUGGAUGCCCCAACCACUGAGACCGACCUCGUCACUGCCACGGUCACUACUGACGUGACAAUCUCGACCACUUUGGAUAUUACAUCCGAAGUAACUGCCUCGGUGACGGACAAUGUCACAGCGGACGUGACAAACACUGCCACGACUGAUCUCACCACGGUUCAAACUAAUACCGAAACCGUCGAUAUCACAUCCAGCCAGAGAGUUACCCAGACUGCCGAUAUCACUGCUACCGAAACGGCAUCUGUGACGAGCACCGAGACCUCGACAACUACCAUCGACGUUACGGAAGUGGCAACGAUUACUUCAACUUCUUUCUUCGGAGUCACCACCACUCAACCAGUCACGCUCCAAAGCACGAUCGUCAAUACAGUCGAUGUCACUGACACUAAAUUCACCACGUCAACCAUCGAGGUUACCACGACCAAGACAGUCUCGACGACUACCACGACCACGAUCACCUCAACAGUGACGAGCGCUCCAACUUGCGGAGUGAACCGUGUCUCGAACCCCGGUUUCGAGAGCGGAUCUCUCUCACCCUGGUCAUCGACCGUCAGUGGUAGCGGACGCUAUUCAUUUGUCCCCGGAAAGUCUGGCACCUACGCAAUCGAUCUCUCCGCAACCGGUAACAGCGUGAGCACAUCAUCCAUCAAACAGUCACUUGCAACUACCCCUGGUAAAACGUACACGGUAUCCUUCUACUCUUACUACGUGAGUGGAGGCGCCACGUCCGCACUGCUGGUCUCCGUUGACAACAGUGCUACAACUACGUCCUUAUAUAAUAUUGGAACAAGUGCCAAGAACGUUUGGAAGAUGUACCAGUCUACUUUCGUGGCGACUUCAUCGUCUACCUCGAUUACCUUUAAGCUGACUUCACAGUCCCCUGUGCAUGCUUAUCUUGAUCAGAUCUCGGUUAUGUGCUGAUUGAGGGAAGGGCGGAAGGCUGUGUGUUUUGCUAAGUUCUUAUGUUGUAUUAUAUUGUUCGCG